AUUCUUCUGGUUGGUGUGAUUCAGCAGCACCAUGAUCUCUAGUUGUUAUUUGGACAUCAUAAAAUGACUUUAUUUUAACCUAUUCAUUCAUUAUUAAGGAUCUUUUCCAAACCUGUUGUUGCAUACCCUAUAAAUGAUUGACAGUUCAGGUAAGUAAACCUUUCAGAGGUAUUCAAAUGGGAAAGCCCCGCCUGCACUACUUCCUUAUUCUACCUUCAUAUUGAAAUCAGCUUUCUUUAAUCUGAAAGAGGAAAGGCAAGCUGAAGGAGUGUGAUCUCUUUUCUAUGAUUUGAUGUUACUGCAGAAAGAAUGGAAAAGGCUGUGAUACACUUCAUCAUCCUGGGAGUGAUCUCAGGUUUAACUGAAGGAGCUGGUGUGUUGCCAGACGGUCCUCUGAAUGCAGCUGUGGGAGGGAAAGUGAUGUUCACCACAACACUGACUCCAGGAACACCAUUUCAAUCAGUGACCUGGAAAUUUGGUACUAAACAAAUAUUCACAUUUAAUGUUAACAACUUCACUGAACCAGAGUAUGGCAGGAUCACCUUCUUCAUGUCUACUGGAUCUCUGGAGCUCAGGAACCUGGCUCUGAAUGACAGUGGAGAAUACUCAGUAAGCAUUCCAACAGCUGGAGAACCAACAAAGUCAGGGAACACAAGACUGGAAGUAUACGAGCCAGUCUCCAAUGUAAUGGUAACAGCCAGCAGCACAGGGCUGGUGGAGUUCAACAGCUCCGUCAGUCUGUCCUGCUCCUCCUCUGGAUCCUCUCUCUCUUUCCUCUGGCUGAACAGCAGCUCUGAGGUGACAGGAAGUGACAGAGUUCUGAUCACUGAUGGAGGAUCCACUUUAACUAUAGUUAAUGUGACCCGCUACGACCAGGGACCAUUCAGCUGUCGUGUGUCUAAUCCUGUCAGUGAGGGAACCAGUGAUCCUGUAACCCUCAUCAUCUACUAUGGCCCAGAAAAUACUAUUUUGAAAAUAUCUAGGACAAAAGAAGACCAUCUGGAGGGAUCAGACAUCACCUUAUCCUGCUCAGCUUUCUCAAACCCUUUAGCCAAGUAUACAUGGUUUCUGAAUGGAGACGUGCUGUCUGACGGACCAGAGCUCAAACUGAUGAACGUUCAGAAAAAUCAAAGUGGAAGCUACAGCUGUCAGGCCUUCAAUGACAAAACUCUGAGAUAUGACAUGUCUCAGCCUUCAGUUGUUUCUCUACUGGAGCCAGUCUCUGAUGUAAUGGUAACAGCCAGCAGCACAGACUUAGUGGAGUUCAACAGCUCCGUCAGUCUGUCCUGCUCCUCCUCUGGAUCCUCUCUCUCUUUCCUCUGGCUGAACAGCAGCUCUGAGGUGACAGGAAGUGACAGAGUUCUGAUCACUGAUGGAGGAUCCACUUUAACUAUAGUUAAUGUGACCCGCUCCGACCAGGGACCAUUCAGCUGUCAAGCGUUUAAUCCUGUCAGUAACGGCACCAGUGAUCCAGUAACCCUCUCCAUCAACUAUGGACCAGAGAAUAUUCACCUGAAGCAAUCUCCAUCACAAGAUUACUUUAAGGAGGGGUCAGACGUCCUCUUCUCCUGCUCAGCGGACUCUAAACCCCCUCCCCAGUUUCAGUGGUUUCUGAAUGGAGCCCUGCUGUCUGAUGGACCAGAGCUCACACUGAGGAACAUUCAGAUGAGUCAAAGUGGAAGCUACAGCUGUCAGGCCUUCAACAACAAAACUCUGAGAUAUGAAACGUCUCAGCCUUCAUCUGUAACUGUACUGGCCCCAGUAUCCAGUGUAGAGGUAAAUGCCAGCGCUACAGACAUUUUGGAGUCGAGCAGCAGCUCCGUCAGUCUGUCCUGCUCCUCCUCUGGAUCCUCUCUCUCUUUCCUCUGGCUGAACAGCAGCUCUGAGGUGACAGGAAGUGACCGAGUUCAGAUCACUGAUGGAGGAUCCACUUUAACUAUAGUUAAUGUGACCCGCUACGACCAGGGACCAUUCAGGUGUCAGGUGUUUAAUCCUGUCAGUGAGGUCUUGAGUGAUCCAGUAACCCUCCUCAUUAUCUUCGGCCCAGAAAAUAUAAAUCUGACCAUAUCUCCGUCAGAAGAAUAUUAUGACGAAGGAUCAGACAUCAGCCUGACGUGCUCAGCUGACUCCGGACCUCCUGCCUUUGUUCAGUGGUUUCUGAAUGGAGACCUGAUGUCCGAUACGGGACCAGAACUCAGUCUGAUGAACAUCCAGAUGAGUCGGAGCGGGAAAUACAGCUGUCAGGCGUUUAACAACAAAACUCUGAUGAAUCAAACAUCUCAGACCGCAGCUGUCUCUGUGCGGAAAUCACACAUAUCAGAUGUUAUAAUAACCCCAAGCACCACAGAUCUGUCAGAGUUCAGCAGCUCCGUCAGUCUGUCCUGCUCCUCCUCUGGUUCCUUCCCCUCCUUCCUCUGGCUGAACAGCAGCGCAGAGGUUAAGCAAAGCGACCGAGUUCGGAUCACCGACGAAGGAUCCACGCUCACUAUUAUUAAUGUGACGCGCUACGACCAGGGGCCCUUCACUUGUCAUGUGUUCAAUCAUUUCAGUAACUUCACCAGCAAUCCGGUGACCCUCGACAUCAGCUUUGGGCCAGAAAAUACACUUUUAAAACUUUCUCCAUCACAAGAAUACUUUGAGAAAGGGUCGAACAUCAGCCUGAUGUGCUCAGCCGACUCCAGACCUUCUGCUGGUUUUCAGUGGUUUCUGAAUGGAGACCUGCUGUCUGAUACUGGACCAGAACUCAGUCUGAUUAACAUGCAGAUGAAUCAAAGUGGAAGCUACAGCUGUCAGGCCUUUAACAACAAAACUCUGAGAUAUGAAACGUCUCAGGCUGCAGCCAUCUCUGUACAGACACCAGUCUCCAAUGUAGCAGUGACUUCAAACAUCACAUAUUUGCUUGAGUUCAGCAGCUCCGUCAGUCUGUCCUGCUCUGUCUCCUCUGGAUCCUCUCUCUCUUUCCUCUGGCUGAACAGCAGCUCUGAGGUGACAGGAAGUGACAGGGUUCUGAUCACUGAUGGAAACUCCACUUUAACUAUAAUUAAUGUGACGCGCUACGACCAGGGACCAUUCAGGUGCAACGUGUCGAAUGGUGCCUCAAGUGCAAUCAGCCGGCCGAUGAAUCUCUUCAUCCAAUACGGACCUGACAACCUGGCCAUCAAAGGACCUGGAUCUGUACGUGUCGGAGAUUUCACGAUGCUCUACUGCUCCACCAUGUCCGUACCAUCACCAUCGUUCACCUGGUUUCAUGAGGGAAAGCCAACCGGUGUGCAUGAGGCUGUGUACGUCAUAAAAUCCAUCAGCAGCUCUGACAGUGGGACGUACAGCUGCUCUGCUGAGAACUCUGUAACCAGUUUGAGUCAAACAGUGAGCCACACAUUAUCUGUUGUCGGUUCCUCAGAGUGUGGCUGCACAUUUGCUGCUUGGAGAGCGGCCAUCCUCACAGCUGGAUGUUUUCUUCUUAUUGCAAUAGUGUCUGGAACCAUUGUCUACAGUAUGAUUAAGAAGAGUAGACUCAACAUCAACUAUCCGGCACGUCAGAAACAAAUAUUAAGUGUGAAGGACAAACGUUCAGAUGUGUAUAAAAUCUCAGUGAAAGAACCGAGCGGCUUUGCUGCCUAUGACGCAUAAAAAAUAUUAUGUGGAAAAACCAGCACACAAACUGCAAGAAGACUUCCCCCAAUAUCCAAAACCAACACCCUAAAAAAAAGCUCUAUUAUUUUAUUUUGUUCAACUUUAGAAAAUCUUUCUGACUUGUGAGUGUGAGUUGAGAAAGCUGCAACUUUUGUGUGGUUUGGUUUCUGAUGGGUUGGAGCUUAACAUUUAAGCUUACUUAAUGAAAUAAAGUGCA